AUGGUCGUGGACAGGGAGAUGGAUAUGGAUGGUAGAGGGUAUGCGGGCGGAUACGACUAUGCUCAUUCUGGACCUUAUGAUCAAGUAGGCGGCAGCGGCGGCGAUGCAAGUGGUUUGUAUGGCGAGAAGGAGGAGAUGCAUUAUGCCGGAUCGGACUACGAUUAUGCAGAGGAGGAGAGGCGCUUGGACGCGGCGGAUUUGGAAGAGGGCGACGAAGAGAGGGGAAUGAUGAGGCACGGUUUGAACUACGAAGGCUUGCAUUACAGCAACGACCAACAUGUGUUUGCGGCAGAUGAGGCGACAGAGACGGGUAUCGCUCCUGCCGAGACGAUGCACUUUGGACCUGCUCCUGCAAGAGGCGCUCAGUUGAGACGCAACAAGACCAGAAAGGCGGUGAGUGCGCGCGCGCGCGCGUCGAGUGGGGCGCAGGCAGGCAGGCAGGCAGGCAGGCAGGCAGGCAGGCGCGAGCGCGGCUCAGGCGGGACAAUUCCGAGACGCGAACGCCGUCUCGCGUGGAUCAAGCAUCAUACUGAAACCUUGAUUGCCCCCCGGCAACGCGUCAGGUCAAAUUGACCCAAGGUAAUCUCGUCCUCGAUUGUCCCGUGCCCACCAAAUUGCAAUCCUUCUUGACGCGCAGAGGAGAGGAAGAGUUCACGACGAUGCGCUACACUGCCGUCACGUGCGAUCCCGACGAUUUUGCGGCGCAGCAUUUCAACUUGCGCCCGGCGAUGUACAAUCGACAUACGGAGAUUCAUAUUGCGGUGACGAUGUACAACGAGGAUGAGAUGCGUGAGUAAGGCGCCGUGGAUGCUUGGGCCUGAGGGCAAAAGAAAAAGGAAAUAGGUGAGGCGAGAAGCUGAGGCGGAUCGUAUGCUUUCUCUUUGGCCCCCUUUUCGCGCGCGCAGUGUUUACGCGCACGCUGCACGGCGUGAUGAAGAACAUUGCACACCUGUGUUCGCGGCACAAGUCUCGCACGUGGGGAGCAGAAGGAUGGAAAAAAGUGGUGGUCACAAUCAUUGCGGAUGGACGCAAAAAGAUCCAUCCAAGAGUGUUGGAUUGUCUGGCUGCGCUAGGCGUGUAUCAGGAAGGAGUGGCGAAGAAUACGGUCAAUGGAAAACAGGUGCAGGCGCACGUGUACGAGUAUACGACGCAGCUCAGCAUCGAUAGCAAUCUGCAGUUCAAGGGCGCUGAGAGGGGUCUUGUACCUACUCAGUGAGUACGGCUCGGCAGUGCACCCAUGCGAGGCCGUGUCGCCGGUUGACGAUUGUUGCCCUCCACAGACUCAUCUUCUGCAUGAAGGAGCAGAAUCAGAAAAAGGUGCGUGUGGAGGGGCAACGAAGGCAAGUCUGCUCACGUGCUUAUGCGAGUACUUCGCUGCGAUCCUGCAGAUCAAUUCUCAUAGGUGGUUCUUCAAUGGUGAGUGAGCGGUCUGCUUGUAGUUCAAGACUCCCUUAAUAGCCCGUCUGAUCGCUCCGCCGUCCUAAUUGCCGUUCUUCCUGCUGCAGCUUUUGGCCCUGUACUGCAGCCCAAUGUUUGCAUCCUCCUCGACGUGGGCACCCGUCCCGAGGCCAAGUCCAUCUACUACCUUUGGAAGACGUUCGAUCUCAAUUCCAACGUUGCUGGAGCAUGUGGCGAGAUCCAGGCGGAUACUCGAGGACGUUGGGGUUUGGGACCUGCCCUGCUCAACCCUUUGGUGGCAGCUCAAAACUUCGAGUACAAGAUCAGCAAUAUCCUCGACAAGACUACGGAGAGCGUCUUUGGAUUCAUCUCCGUCUUGCCCGGCGCUUUCUCGGCGUACAGGUACAUCGCCUUGCAGAAUGAUGAGCUGGGAAGAGGUCCGUUGGCCAGUUACUUUAAGGGAGAAACGAUGAAGCAGGCAGAAGUGACGUUUAGCCAUGCUAACAUGUACCUGGCCGAAGAUCGGAUCCUGUGCUUCGAAUUGGCGGCAAAGAGGAAUGAUCGAUGGGUGCUGAGAUAUGUCAAGAGCGCAAAGGGAGUUACGGAUGUGCCGGACUCUUUGGCGGAACUCAUCUCUCAACGUAGGAGAUGGCUCAACGGCUCCUUCUUUGCUGCCAUCUACUCUAUGACGCACACGCUGCAAUUUGGAGAGUCGGGACACGGGUUCUGGAGAAAGUGCUGCCUCUAUGCAGAAGCGCUGUACAGCACCGUCAACCUGAUCUUUGCUUGGCUGUCGCUGGGCAACUUUUACAUCUUCUUUAGACUCCUCACCACCAGCUUGGAGAGCAAGGAGUUCGGCUUAAAGGGAAUCGGUAUCCUCAACACGGGCGCGCAGUACGUUUACUUGGGAACGACGAUCAGCUGUUUCAUCUUGGCGCUGGGUAAUAGACCUCAAGGAUCGCCGUGGAAGUUCUUUGCUGCUGCACUCAUCUACGCCAUACUGACGCUCUACAUGAUGGUAGCCGCCGUGCUGUGUCUGGUAAAGGCAGUCAAGAAUAGCCAGCACGAUGCCAUCUAUAGUCAAAUGGUCUUUUCCGUACUGGCGACGUACGGAGUCUACUUGCUUAGCAGCAUCAUUGCGCUGGACCCGCUUCAUCUCAUCACCAGCUUUGUGCAAUAUCUUCUCCUUGCUCCAAGCUACGUCAACAUCCUCAACACUUAUGCUUUCUCCAACCUGCACGACUGUGAGUCACUUUUGAGAGAGAGAGCAUGCGUGCAUGCGAUUCCGCUCUGGGUGACGUCCUGAACGCUCAAUCUGCAUCUUGCCCCCCCAUUCCCCCCGCACUCAAACAGUCUCUUGGGGUACAAAGGGUAUCUCGGCGGAUGCCAAUGAUCUGGGUGCCGUAGUGGCUACGGGCAAAGGUACCGUGGAAGUGAUCUUGCCAACAGCUCAAGCGGACAUCGACCUAGUGUACGACAAGGCGCUCAGCAAUCUGCGCACUCGACCCAUGAUCAUCCGCGGCGACGCCUCGGCCGAAGCAAAAGCCGAAGUGCGACUAGACUUUUUCAGGGAUCUGAGAACUAGCGUGCUGCUGCUUUGGAGCUUGAGCAAUGGUCUGCUCGCCGCUUUCAUCCUCGGCGGCGAUAAUGUGGGAACGUUUGACCCUGGAUCUGGAACGACUAGGAGCAAGGUGUACAUGAUCGUCGUCCUCGUCUUUAUCGGAGGUAUGAGCGUCGUGAGAUUUGGCAUGAGCACCAUCUUUAUGAUUCAUAGACUGCUCGUCGGAUAA